UUUAUCAAGCAUGGUAAUAACGCGGUGUCGGUACCUUUACAAAUUUCCGAUCGUCCACUCUCCGGCGUAUCCGUUUCCUCCAAUUGAAGCUUAGGCACAGCGAUCCUUGAGAAAACCCCAUCAAUUUCUCUAAAACCGUAGCCUACUUCGUUCGAACUGUGUUCUUUCGCGUCUCUUUCGUUACGGAGCUCAAUCUUCUCAUCCAUAGACGACUAAAGCCGCGCAGAGGAUGAAGUUCUUGAAGAAUUUUUGUAAUCUGGAAUGAGUUUUUUCAGAGGUGUAGCUGAAUAUAUUGGAUCGAUCUUCUCAGAAGUGAGCUCAAUUCACGAUUUGUCGCAGAAUCGUGGCCGCGAGAGUGCUUCAACCAUGGAGGGCGUUAAUGGGAUUCCUGUUUCGAACGAGCGCUAUGCUUCCAAGCUCAAAGGGUACUUCGAUUUGUCCAAGGAGGAGAUCGCCAAGGCCGUCAGAGCGGAGGAGUGGGGCUUGAUCGACGAUGCCAUCCUGCACUACCAGAAUGCGCAGCGUAUUCUGGCCGAGGCCAGUUCAACCACCGUGCCCUCGUCUAUCAGUUCUAGCGAACAAGAGAAGGUGAAAUCUCAUAGACAAAUCUGGUCUUGUAAUAACUUAAUCUAUUUCAUUCAUGAUGUUCUUGGUUUCGGACAUUUGAUAACUUAUAAUCUAUCUCUUAUUUUUCUAUCUUCUAAUUCAGGUGUUACAUCCUCAAACAAGAGCUCCUCGAAUCAAGUGCCAAGAGCUGGAGUUGCUUCAACAAUGCCAAAAAUUAAAAAGCCAGUGCUAAAGAGCUCUCUUGGUGCAAGUAAUCCAAUAACGAGAAGUCAACCAGCUAGUGUUGGGACUUCAAAAUCUAUGCAAGAAGCUUCUGAUGGAUACGAUCCAAAAUUGGUUGAAAUGAUAAAUACUGCUAUAGUGGAUCGGAGUCCUUCUGUGAAAUGGGAUGAUAUUGCUGGACUUCAAAAGGCAAAGCAAGCUUUAUUGGAGAUGGUUAUUUUGCCCACAAAGAGAAGAGACUUAUUCACUGGUCUCCGAAAGCCUGCUAGAGGUCUUCUUCUCUUUGGUCCCCCCGGUAAUGGGAAGACUAUGCUUGCUAAAGCCGUAGCUUCAGAAUCAGAAGCUACUUUUUUUAACGUGUCUGCUGCGUCCUUAACAUCAAAAUGGGUAGGGGAAAGUGAAAAACUUGUUCGGACUCUCUUCAUGGUUGCUAAGUCCAGGCAGCCCUCCGUAAUUUUCAUGGAUGAAAUUGAUAGUGUCAUGUCAACAAGACAUGCUAAUGAAAAUGAAGCUAGCAGGAGGCUGAAGUCUGAGUUUCUAGUACAGUUUGAUGGAGUAACAUCCAAUUCUACUGAUCUCGUAAUCGUUAUUGGUGCUACUAAUAAGCCACAAGAACUGGAUGAUGCAGUUCUCAGGAGAUUGGUGAAGAGAAUUUACAUUCCCUUGCCAGAUGGAAACGGUAGAAGACUUCUUCUCAAGCACAAGCUCAAGGGACAGUCAUUUUCUCUACCAAGUAGAGAUCUAGAGAGACUAGUUACACAGACUGAAGGAUACUCGGGAAGUGAUCUACAGGCCUUGUGCGAGGAAGCUGCAAUGAUGCCAAUUAGGGAGCUAGGUGGGAACAUUCUCACAGUAAAGGCAGAUCAGAUAAGAUCAUUAAAGUACGAAGAUUUCCAGGAGGCAAUGAAAGUGAUCAGGCCCAGUCUAAACAAAAGCAGGUGGCAGGAGCUUGAACAAUGGAACCAAAGUUUUGGAUCCAAUUAGACAAUGAAGAAAUUCAGUGUUUGUUAGAGGCAGCUGUUGUUGUGAAGUAAACUGAACAGAACCCCUUCCCCAUUCUCUAUGCUAUAAUACUGUACAGCCUUACCUUCAAACAAACUUCUAAAUAGCUCAAUUCUUUGUUUUCUUGUUUAGUAAAUUAAUUAAAAAAAUAAUUACGAAAUA